GUGAGUGUUGAAAUCGUCUUUGGCGGGGGUGAGAGUUUAGGCUGCCAGCCAUGAGCCCGACGCAUUGCCGUUGCAAUUUGGGUUCAAGCGUUGCGGCGCAGGCGCUAUCUGAUUUCACGACAUAUCUGACACCCGGCACAGGAAUGUAUCGUAUUUGUUGUGCCAGCCCACUCGCAUUGCUCACGCUUACGUCGAGCACUGCAUUUAUUCUUGAGCCUUCUCGACCGUUUACGCUGAGCACCCACCCCUCGGAUGCUGGUCGAUUUCUCGAAUGCUUGCGCGCGGAUAACACAGAGGGAAAGCGCGCGGAUCAGCGCUUGAAUGAGUGUCUGGAUAGUCAUCAGUAUGGUUGUGAAAAUCGCCCGAUUCAUCAGGUGAUCGCCCACAAAGGUGGUUACGCCUCCACUCUGAACACGUGGGUGCACUCUUUCGUGUGGGUGUUGCAGCAUGGACAGGUAUGGCUCCCGAGUGGCCCAUUCAGGUACAACGACCCAGGCUUGUGUGAUCCCGAAGCUGGUUUAGACUGCUAUUAUGAGAAAGUGACCAAUUGCACGGGGACGCCGAUCAGGGUUAGUAAGGCGAAAGAGUUCCUCCCGUUGAGUACAGGGACCUUUCUUGACGAUGUAGCUACCUCUCUAGGUGUGUCAAGGAAUUGGGUUUGGGGCCACAUAGCGCAGUACGCUUUGCGCAUGAAACCAAGCACGAAGGACAACAUGAUGGCAAUAACGCCGGCAUUCGAGGCGCGCCAUACAUUUGGAAUCCAAUAUCGGUCUUUCGAUCUCACAGGCCUCAUGGGCAACGACGAGCGUAAGAGUGUGGGUAUCGAUAAAUAUCUCGAGUACGCGGACAAACUCAUCAAGGGUGCCAGCGGGAUUCGUACGAUGUACGUGAUGACGGAUACAAACCAGUUGACCGUCGAUUAUUUGAAAGCGGCGCGCUCCCAGUACGAGUUCUUGUCGCCACAAAGGCAAGUGGCGGACCUCGCAAUUCAACAGGCGGGCUCGAUCGCAAACAUGACGUACGAGUUGUUGGCGGACAUGGACGCGAUGGUGCAAGCAGAAGUGUUCAUCGGAUCCCACAGCAACAUAUUUUGGCUCAUUCACGCGCUCAGGGAGACGCGUGAAAAUGGCCCUGGCAUGUCAUGCUGGGUCAAUAUCAGAAGCGAGGCCGCGCCUCUCCUUUGCCCUGGUGAUGCAGAAUUCUGGACGGACAGCCCAGUAGGAAUGGCCAAGUGAUGCACAGCACUGCCGUCCUCCUGAACGGACUUUGGUCGAGCAGAUUCUGCGUACCAUAUACAUACAAAUAAGUUCUAGUGCACGGUGCGUGUACAGUCUUCUUCGGGCUCGGGAGUUGGCACAAUUGGCAUUUCCAUUGCAGAGCCACACGCCAGUUUCCUUUCUGUUCGGUUAAAAUGUAGUCUUCGUCUGCUCGAAUCAACUUGAGACCGUCCUAAGUUGCCAUCUGACUCCUACCCAG